GUAACUUCCUCAGGGAGCAUUGCAAAGAAGAGGAGAAACAUAAAUUCUCCCUGCCCAAAGGAAAAGCAAGAGUAAUUUAGGAGAAGAAAAUCCAGUCUAUUAAAGGUUACCAAGAUGAAUCCUAUGGAGAAACAGAAUCAUUCUGCAGUGAUUGAGGUGACUGAAUUUAUUCUCCUGGGGAUCACCAGCAACCCUGGGCUGCAAGCACCUCUCCUUGCAAUCUUCCUUAUCAUAUAUUUGAUCACAGUGACAGGCAAUCUGGGCAUAGUUAUCUUGACCCAUUUGGACUCGAAGCUAAAUACCCCCAUGUACUUUUUCCUUAGACAUCUGUCAAUUACUGAUCUUGGUUACUCCACUGUCAUCUGCCCAAAAAUGAUGGUAAACUUUGUGGUGCACAAAAAUACAAUUUCCUACCAUUUGUGUGCCACCCAGCUGGCAGUCUUUGAGAUUUUCAUCAUCACCGAACUGUUCAUUCUUUCAGCAAUGGCCUAUGAUCGCUACGUAGCCAUCUGCAAACCUCUCCUCUAUGUGGUCAUCAUGGCAGAGAAGGUGCGUUGGGCGCUGGUCCUUAUUCCUUAUUGCUACAGCACAUUUGUGUCACUCUUUCUCACAAUCAAAUUAUUUAAAUUGUCCUUCUGUGGCUCCAACAUUAUCAGUUAUUUUUACUGUGACUGCCUUCCUCUCAUAUCCAUGCUCUGUUCAGACACACAUGAAUUAGAAUUGAUCAUUUUAAGUUUUUCAGGCUGUAAUCUGCUCUCUUCCCUCUUGAUUGUUCUUAUAUCCUACAUGUUUAUUCUUGUGGCCAUCCUCAGAAUGAACUCAACCGAGGGGAGAUACAAAGCUUUCUCAACCUGUAGUUCCCACUUGACGGUGGUGGUCGUGUUCUAUGGGACAUUAUUGUUUAUUUACCUGCAGCCCAAAUCCAGCCAUACUUUUGAUAUUGAUAAGAUGGCCUCUGUGUUUUACACCUUGGUGAUCCCUAUGCUGAAUCCAUUGAUCUACAGCUUAAGGAACAAAGAAGUAAAAGAUGCUCUGAAGAGAAUUUUAACCAACCGAUGCAAAAUUUCCACUUAAUAUCAUACAGUUCAGUUGCAAAGGUGGGUCCAAAAGUCUUUGUUUAAUGCGCUGCCAGUUCAAUUAUAGCAUCAAAAAGUAGAAAUGUUUUACCUAAUUGAUCGCGUUCCUCCUUUUUUGGGCAAAACUCCUCCUAUAUCUUCCUGUAUUCUUCUCCAUCCCAAUUGAAUAAAUGAAUGAAUUAAUUAAUUAAUAUUAUAGCCAGAUAAUUUAAGUUCCAAGUUAUGUCCAAGGUCAUAUUGGAGGUUGUAGGCAAAUCAUAUUGAACUUGG